ACGACUGAACGUUCGCGUUUACAAGUGACGGUGUGCUUGUGCGCGCGUACCCGUGGUAACCCGUUAGUAGACGAUGUAGAUCAGAUGUAAAAGCACUGUUAACGCUGUUGUUGUUGUAGUCAUCGAUAUCAUACAAUAUAAUGUUAUUAGAAUAGGCUCACAAUCGUUUUAUUUUUUUUUCUUAGUUUGGUUUUGUUGUUCUCGUUAUAAAAUUCGAUCAUCAGUGAACGCGGUCCGCGUGCAUCUCCGAGUUAUCGUGCUGCAUUACUACCUACCACAUCGCCGACCAUGCUCCCGUCGAAAGUCUGACUUGCGUCGGUGUAUUUAUAUACAUACAACGGUUUUAUUAAUGGGUGCCGCAGAGGUACUGGAAGAAUUUCCGCCGCCCGCGGUCCCUGACGACGGGUCUCCGCGGCGGCGGCGGGAGCAGGAGAAGCAGCAGAGCGAAGGCGUAAACAACGACGUCCAUGACGACGAAGACGUGCUGACCAUCGAACAGGCUCGGGCCGUGAUAAAACAGCUGAGGGACAGAUGCCGGUUCCAGACGCAUCAGACGCUGUUGUGGAGGAAAAAAGCCAAAAUGCAGGAAGAACGACUGAUGCAGAUGAGUUCGGAGUACGGGUUGCGGCUGGAGUCGUUGACAUCAGAUCUGCUACUGUUCGAGUCUCGGCUGAGCCGUAAACAGCGGGCCAUCGGCGAACUGCUUGAUCAGCGCGAGGCUGUCAUCGAGCGGCAACAGCACGCCAUCAGGUGCCUGCAUUCUAGGCUUGCCGACUUCGGCGUGACCGCGCCGGUGUCUGGAUGCUGUGUAGGCGAUGAUGGCGGUGGAGGUGGAGGUCCGACGUCCGACGACGGCAACGUGGACGACAGUGACAGUGCAGUGAUCAUGGAGGAGGACGAGUCGGGUAACAGCCAAGAGGACGCGUCCGAACAGCCACCGCAUUCGCGGACGGACCGGCGACGGGCGUCGGUUGCUUCAGCUUCGGACGGCUCGGCAGACAGUCGCCUGCCAGCUGAGGACGGACGGGAGACGGACGGCCGAGGCGCCGAAAACGAGACCGCGACCACGUACAACCGGGUGAUGAGCAACCACCGGUCGGUGACCAAACCAAAGGACGUCAAAUACAAGCGCAUCAACAAGGCCAAGUCCAAGUCCUUGGAAGAGCUCCGUGGCCGGCUGAAGAACUGGGUAGACCGUGGCCAACGCAUGUCGCUCACCGUCGACCCCACGUACGGGUGACCAAGGUGGCCGGCCGUCUCGGGCCUUCUGAACAGACUGCGGCCAGCCCGGAAGACCUCGGUGAUGACCCGCGACGAUGAGUGACUUUGAGCGGCUACCGUAGCCGUACCUACGCCUCUACUACUCGUAUGACACGAUCGAAACUACCAAACAAUUCGUAUCGUCCCUCUUGAAACAAUACAUUGUAUUAUCAUUACGGCUCAGACUUAUUAAUGCUUUAUGAAACGCUAAAAAUAUCUCAAAAAAAAUGUAAAAAUGCCUUUAAAAAUUAGGUCAAAAGUUUAUUCCUUACCAUUUAUAAAGUUACAUAAUGGAAACGUGUUGCACAAUGAUUUCUUUGAGUAUACAAAAUAUAAUAUAAAUAAUAAAGUUUACUUGAUUUAGUAUAAUCAGUAAGACCUAAAACACAUUUUCCGCUUGUGGAGCUACAUAUUAAAAUACAAAAAAAUAAAAUAAAAUUGCAUCAAAAUCACAGCAUAAAUCCUAAUUAUCAUCAUACACGUUUUGGUAUAAUAUUAUGACAUUAAAAAAAAAACUUUUACCAAUCCAUACAAAUAUAUGAAUUAUUAUUAGGCACCUACUAUGUAAAAUUGGAGCAGGAUUUUGUAUAACUUAGACACCUAGUAGGUAUAGGCAGUAUCUACAUAUUAAAUUACAACAAUAAUUUUCUCUCAUAAAUAAUUGAACCAACUUAGUUGUAAUUUGUCGAUACUAUGUUUUCCCAUAUGGUUUAAAAGUUUUUUUUGCGAGUAGUUGGUCUGUUUGACGAUUCAUUUGGUUUGUUCUUUAUAUGUUUGGAAACUUUGAAACGUUGGACUUAAUGUUUUAAAACGCCUUUUCAUAAUAAAAAAUAUGCAUAAUAUUAUCGGCUUUGGAUGAUUCGGAGUUCCUAACGCGCUAUCGCUCCUCGACGACAGUGUGUCGUACUGGGGGUGAUUUUAUUAUAAUAAUUAUUAUAAUUUUUGUUGUUGUAUUAUGUCCACUAUUAUUGUUAAAAUCGUUGAAAUCGUACACGAUUAUCAUUUAUAUAAUUAACUAUUACUUAUACAUAACAUUAACAUAGGUACUAUUGUAUGUGUACAAUUAAAUUGAUAAUAUUGUACUUAAUUUUCAACGAUAAAGUGUACAACGAUAUUUUAAAAUAAUUUAUACGAAUAUAAAUAAUAUACCUAAUAUAUAAGUAUAUUAUUACUUGCGUUGUAUAUUUUUGCGUUUAAUGUUGUUUGCGUACACAUUAAUUAAGCACGUUAGAUUGUGUUCACAAAAUAUUUUAUUAAUUAUUAUGAAAUCGUAUAAUAUUUAUGAACUUUUGUAUUUAUAUAAAAUAUUGAACCCAAUUAAUCAUAGGUAUUAUUAAGUUUUAAUGAUAGUGGUACAAUAUAACUCGAUAAUAUUAAUAUUAUUCAAAUGUCCAAUAAUUGUAAGGCAUAAGCUUAUUCUUAUUCGAGCCAAAAUCAUUGUUGUUUUUUUUAAUUCUUAAUACUAUUAUAAGUAACAAUAUAAUAAUUAUGUAUACUCCAAAUAUACCUGUGUAACGACAUAAAGCCGUCCAAUGUAGGUGCAAUCGUUCUAUUGUUCAAAACAAUAAUAUAAGUACCAUUAUUAUUGCAAAGAUGCUUACAAUGUUUAAAAAAUAAUUUUAUAUUUAUACUUAAAAAAUACUAAAAACUAUAUAUUUGUAUACAUUAUCAUACUAUACUUAAUGCUUUAAUCAGUGUGAUACUUGAGCUCUAUUUUUGGUUACCUAUUAAUACAUAACAUAACUUUCUUUUGUACACAUGAACCAAAGACAAAGAUUAUUUGUAACGUUCGAGUACUUAUUCAAAAAAGUUGUCUAAAAAAUGUUUGAUACUUUUGUUAUUAAUUUAAGAUAUUUGUAUUUAUUUACUAUGGAGUUCAAAAUUCGCAUUUUAAUAAAGUUUGACAAACUAUGUUAUAAGCAAGUACAAUAACUUUAGUUCAAGUCAUCUAUUAACUAAAUUUGGAGCUAAAUAUAGUAAAAAAUAUAUAUACCCUGAUUCUUAUGUUUUUUUAAAAAUUAUUAAUAAGGACUUUAUCUUUAA